AUGGAGUCAGAGCAACCUCCUCCCACCCUGACGAAUCCACGUUUCACACUCGAGCUCGAAUUUGUUUCGUCCCUUGCCAAUCCAUACUAUCUGUCACAUUUAGCCGUCACCUACCCCAAUCUCCUGGGGAAUUCUCGCGAUGAUGACAACGGGUCCUCCUCGCCCGAUGCCCAAGCAUUUGCAGCCUACCUAGCCUAUCUCUACUCCUACUGGAAGACGCCAGAAUAUUCCCAAUUCCUUACACACCCCGGUCCCACGCUUCGAGCGCUCCGACUGCUCCAAGAGGAAAACUUCCGUCGCGACAUCAUCUUGCCUCAGGUCAUUGAAGGUCUGGUAGGGGUUAAUUUGCCUGAACCUCCAACGGAGGCCGACACUGCAGUUGCAGACAACCAACCGGACGGUCCAAAUGGGAAGACUUGA